UCGACCGGCUGGCGGAAAGCUUUUUUGACAGUUCUGUUAUUGUUUACAGUGUGACAGUGACACAGCACUGUCAACCGGCAACUUCGGGCUGUCACUAGGACAUUUAUAGCAGCUAUUUCAUUUUACUUUUCAUAUGAAGUAGACUGUAGCCUUUGUUUAUAUCCGUAACAGCUCCACGAAAAACUUUUUGUUUUUAAUUUAAAGUUUUGUUUGCUAGCUACCCGGCAAGCUAGCCAACCUCACGGUGGGAGUGAGUCACUAACUCUAGUGUCAGGUUAGCUGUUGUUGUCAUUUUGAAGUAAUUCCUCUUUGCUAACAUGGACCAAACCAGCUCUUACCCAGUGGAACUGUACAUUUACGACCUGUCCAGAGGCAUGGCCCGCCAGCUCAGUCCUCUCAUGUUAGGGAGAGAGCUUGAUGGGAUCUGGCACACUGGCAUUGUGGUCCAUGGAAAGGAGUUCUUCUUUAUGGCAGAAGGCAUCCACAAUUGUCGACCUGGUGGCACCACCAUGGGUCAGCCGGACGCCAUAUUGGGCUUGGGCUCCACUGAGGUGCCUGAGGACCUAUUUAUGGAGUACCUGGCUUCACUGGAAGAGUCCACAUACAGAUGUGGCACGUACAACUUGUUUGAGCACAACUGCAACACUUUCAGCAACGAGGUGGCUCAGUUCCUCACGGGCCAAACCAUCCCACCGAACAUUACAGACCUCCCGUCUGAAGUGCUGUCCACGCCUUUUGGACAGGCUCUCCGUCCCAUACUGGAUUCUGUCGCCAUAAAUCCUGGUGGCAACAACAUAACUGGACAGCGAUAAAAAAAUCCUUCAUUUAAGAGAUUCUGGUUGGAGGGAGACACUCUGAUCAUAUCUCUGCCUGUGGUUGACAGCUUGAUCUUUGCCAUAAGUCACUUUUCCAUCUAACAAGACAUCAUUUGGAAAGGCCUGUCUGUUCUUUUUCUGCAUAUUCUACACAUCAGGGGGCCUUCAAAGAGUAGAUUUCUACUCUGGAUGCCAUAAAUCGGAUGCAGCCAUGAGUGAAUGUUGUUUAAACAAAUCAGUAUAUAUCCUCCAGAUCUUAAAUAUAUUUUAGAGGCCAAAUCCUUAUUUCCUGUACUUGAACUCUUACAAGGCUUUAAAAAAAAUAUAUAUAUCUUCAUCCUGUACUGAGGUGCUUCAUUAUGCCAGUUUAUUAUAAAGUAUGUUACAAUA